AUGGAUAUUUAUGGGAUGAUUUCGUUCCGCUUUGUGUGUCGUGCAGAGGCUGACUGCUGCCACAUGGAGUGGUUGCCAUAUGGCCGCUAUUGCUACAAACUUUUCAGCAAUAAAGUGAACUGGGCUGAGGCAGAGAUGGCCUGCCAAAAUUACUUCUCUGGCGGUCACCUGGCCUCCAUCCACAGCGUGACACAAUCUGCUGAGCUGGCCAAGUACAUCCUUCAACACCGCAAAGAUGGAAGUUCUGUCUGGAUUGGAAUGCGUGACCCCCUGAAGAACCAGCAGUGGCAGUGGACAGAUUGGUCUUCAAACGGAUACAAGAACUGGAAUGCUGGAGAACCCAACAACCAGAACAACGACGAGAACUGCGUCGAGCUUUGGGCUGACUCAGGAUACAUGAAGUGGAACGAUGAGAUCUGCAGAUCUACUCGUCCGUACCUCUGCCAGUACAGACUCUAUCCUAAAGCCUGA